GGGUGCCCAUGCCAUUGUCCGAACACCACUGUGUGCCUGGCCGGCACCGGCCAGAGCUUCGCGUUCGACCGCGUGUUCCCGCCCGAGGCCUCCCAGGAGGACGUCUACGACUACGCCGCCAGGCCCACGGUCAACAGUGUGCUGCGGGGAUUCAACGGCACUGUCUUUGCUUAUGGCCAGACGUCGUCUGGCAAGACUUACACGAUGGAGGGGCCAGACAUACAAGAUAAGGUGUUGCAGGGGGUCAUCCCUCGGAUGGUGUGGUCUGUGUUCGACGGUAUCUGCCAUGCGGACGAGCAUAUCGAGUUCCUAGUGAAAGUUUCCAUUGUCGAAAUCUACAACGAACGCAUCCGAGACCUCCUAGACCCGAACAAGGACAAUCUGACGAUCCACGAGGACAAGCUGCGUGGCGUGUUCAUCGGUGAGGUCACCGAGACCUAUGUGGGUUCUGAACAGGAGAUCUUCGAACUCAUGCGAAAUGGCCAAGUGAACCGUGCGACAGCUGUGACCAACAUGAAUGAGCAUUCGUCCAGAUCUCAUUUGGUUUUCAUGUUGACGAUCGAGCAGCGGAACUUGCUUAACCGUUCAGUGAAGUUGGGCAAGCUACAUUUGGUGGAUCUAGCAGGUAGCGAAAAGGUAGCCAAAACAGGAGCAUCCGGGGAUCGGCUGGAUGAGGCGAAGAACAUAAAUCGGUCGCUUUCUGCUCUGGGCAACGUUAUCAACGCCCUGACGGAUAAGAGUUACACGCAUGUCCCAUACAGGGACUCUAAACUCACAAGGGUGUUACAGGAGUCUCUCGGCGGAAAUUCUAAGACAUCGCUGAUCAUCACAUGCUCUCCUUCCAACUUCAACGAGCAGGAGACUGCAAGUACCCUGCGGUUUGGGCAGCGCGCAAAGAUGAUUCGAUAG